AUGAGACACGUGCAUUUCUGGGUUACUAACCGAUUUGUACCAAUCAAAAUAUUGAUUCGUGUGUCGCAUAUUAUUCUGGUUGAGGAAAACAGGGAAUUGCAAGACAUGUUGGUGACACCUAUGCCACAUCUUACACCAUUCGAGAACAAAAUAUUUCCAAUUAGUAAGACCCCAUUGGGCGUCGACCCUUUUGAGAUGCCAGGGAGACAAACAAUUUGGAUCGCAUGGUAUCUCUUGAUGCAUUUCGAACAACAUCUUGAAACAGUCGAUGUGGUGCAUCUCCACAAUAUUAAACUGUAUGAUUGCAGUCUUUGCAGUCUAAACUACUGCAUCCUUGGGGUUUGGUUCAUGGUCCAAACCUAA